AUGAUUCGUUUAGUCUGUAAUAAGUUUUGUAGUUUUAUUGCUGAAAUAUGGUCCAGAAAUGAUGCAAAAUCUACCACUGCAUGUGUGAAUUCAUCUUUACAAGCACCGAAAUUAAUCACUAGUUUAGAAUUCUUACCUGAUGAAAUAUUGGUGGAAAUCAUAGAUUACUUGAAUCAAUUCGACGUGUUAGCUUUAUGUCUUGCCAACUCCAGAUUUCACUCGUUAUGUAUGAACAAGUUAUUCAAGAGAGUUUUAUUUAUAAACCCACAAUGGCAUCAGAUAUUACAUUGUCGAAAAUUAAAUACACUCACUAAUACAAAUUACACAAUUUUAAACAAAUUCGAGGGUAUUCCAUGGGAUAAAUUUAAAUUCUGUAUGGGGGAGGAGUUUGAUACCGAUAUUUAUCAAGAGGGUCACGACUAUUACGUUAGAAUUGAUGACUACAAGGAACCUAUACAUCCAACUGAUCAAUUUAAUCAAAUAUCUUAUCAAUUAUUGUGGAUUAGUUUACGUGAUAUUUCCCAAGCAUAUAUUGAUCGUAUAAAAAAUACGAAAAUUAUAGGUUUGUUCAAGAAAGUUGCAUGUUCAUUAGUUGAUACAACUGUUGAAAUCUUAGACCAAUUACAAGGAACCUUUGUUAAAGUUAAAUCGUUGAUCCUUGAUGAAAUAUAUGCCAAACAUAAAGACACUUGUUAUAAGAAUAGAUGA